UUUUUCUUUCACAUAUAAAUAAAUAACAAGUGAUUGUAAAAGUGACUUUUUGUUAAUAACGCCCUGCUGCAUUAGAACAUUCUUUUAUCAAUCAAAAUAGUGAACAUUUUUGUGGUCCUUCGAGUCGUGAGGGUCAUUGUGCGCGUGAACAAGAUCGCCAUUUUGUGAAAAAUUGUGUCUAAUCUUUGUCUCAAGGAGGUCGUCACGUGACCAAGUGAUCCAUUCAACAUUCAUCAAUUCAUUCAGAUUGUGCUGCACUCUGGCGGGCGGCGGGCAGAAGCAACCUAUAUUUGUCAAUAUCGGUCUUAAAACACUCGAGUCCAGGCCAAAAAAAUUGACACAAAAAAAAGAAGCGACAGGCUUAUUUCAACGUCAUCAGGCUUCUUUCAUUUUUUCUAUUGUUUUUCUACGUGUUAUUUUUUCGACAUGACGGAACAAGAUAAUUUUCAAGAAUUACAACAAUUAAAACAACAGAGAAGUUCAUUAAAAGGAAAACUCACACGUAUAUGUAAUUUCAUACAAAGUUAUAGUGCUACGAACAAUACACUUCAUGAGAUCAAGGCGCGUCAAGCCGAACUGGAGAAAAUUUUCAUUAGAUUCGACGAGUUGCAAUCUGCGAUCGAGUGCUGUGAAUGCGACGAUCCAGAACGUCAAGAGAUUUACGAGCAAGAACGACAAACUUUUGAAGACAAAUAUUACUUGGUGAAGUCGAAAAUGGACGCCUUACUAACUGGGCCUAUUAUUACCGCACGAUUGUCAACAGAUCAUCAACAGCUUAGUUCGACCUUGAAUCACGAUACCAUGUACAAGAAACCACGCGUUAAGUUACCUCAACUGGAAUUACCAAGGUUCGAUGGUGAUAUUCGGCAAUGGCCGGCAUUCAAGAAUAUCUUCAUGGCUUCCGUAGAUGACACCGACAUACCAGUGGUCAACAAAUUACAAUAUCUGAAGUCGUCACUCACGGGAGAAGCAGCGAUCCUUAUAUCCUCAUUGCUAGUGACGGAGGAAAAUUAUACCAAGGCCAUGGAAAUUCUAUCAAGAAGCCAUCAUCCAAAUCCAAGAUGCAUCCGGAAAGUGGAUAAACGCUCGAGCUCUCCUGGACGCAGGUAGCGAGGUCAACAUUGCUACCCACAGACUGGCAUCCAUGCUUCAGCUUGCAUGUAAAGGUGAUAUUUGUAAUAUUAGUGGCAUAGGUAACACCCAAAAACAAUCUCAAAUGAGUAUACAUACUAGUAUUUCUUCACGUUAUACUAACUACAAGGCUGAUCUCACAUUCAUUGUGUUGGAUAAUAUAGCAGUGCCGCUACCACACAACUAUAUACCUACACAUACCUGGCACAUACCAACUAAACAAGCACACACGCUUGCUGACCCUACUUUUUUCAUACCUAGCUCAAUUGACUUGCUUAUUGGAGCUGAGCUCUUCUACUCCAUACUACUGACAGGACGUAUAAAACUUGGUUCAUGCUUACCUUUCUUAAUUGAAACUACCCUAGGAUGGGUUGUAUCAGGUUCUUACAUUCCUGAUUCUAGUGAGCUUACUUCUGACUGCACUACACCUGUUAGCAUGCAUUUAUCACCUACUCCCACAGAUGGCAUACUCCAAUCUUUCCGGGAACAGGAGGAAGUACUGUCUACACAAAAGUUAAUCUCUCCUGAUGACAAAUACUGUGAGGAGUUGUACACCUCAACCACUACACAGAAUAAUGAUGAUAUAAUAUCUACUGCUCAAGUGGUUAAUAUUUGCUCUACAACAGGUAUUAAUUAUUCAUUUUUCUAUGAGCAUUUUAAAAGGUUUUCUAGCUAUACUAACUUGUCUAGAUCAAUUUCAUACUUAUUCAGAUUCAUACAUAAUUUGAAAAACAAGCAUAAUAAACUUACUUCUCAUUUAUCUGUUUCAGAGCUUAAACACUCACAGACUUUCAUUCUACAGGCCACACAGCAUCAUUCAUUCCAUAAGGAAAUCCA